GACGCAAAGAUGGUAGUAUCCGAUCCCUUCAACAGAGUGCCCUCGGACGAAACAUAAGUACCACCAACCUCCAGUGAGAUAAUCUGGAAAACUCAGCGUUUGACAAGUCGGUUGAUCUCAUAAGCAGCAAAAUCAUCUAUUCUUCUGCCACACUAGCGGACCCGCCUUGAACCAAGUGAACAAGGAUGGCAUCCAACGCAGCAAACAGGAAGAUAUCGCGGCAGGAAGUUGCCAAAAAUAACACGGAGGAUUCGUGCUGGUGUAUUAUCGACCAUAAAGUCUAUGAUUUGACCGACUUCCUCGAUGCGCACCCGGGUGGAAAUGUCGUCCUCAGCCAGAUUGCCGGCACAGACGCUACGACCGCUUUCUACAACCUGCACAGACACGAGGUGCUGCAGAAAUAUGCCAACCUUUGCAUCGGCACUGUCGAGAACGAAGUGCCUGAAGUGGUGGACCCGCAGCCUGGCGAUCUCAGCAAGGUUCCGUAUGGGGAACCAGUCUGGCUAUCCCCGAUCUACAAGAGUCCUUACUAUAAUGAGUCGCAUCGCAGGUUACGAAAGGCCGUGCGGGAGUUUGUUGAUAUACAUGUGUAUCCGGAAGCGCAGGAGAAGGAGAUUGAUGGUACGUAUAUCUCACAAGCGCUUGUGGACAAGAUGGCGGAGACAAAUUUGCUCGCAAUGCGGUUGGGACCGGGGCCUCAUCUACACGGACGGAAGCUUCUUGGUGAUGUGAAGGGAGAAGAGUUCGAUUACUUCCAUGACCUUAUAGUUGCGCAGGAGCUGGCGCGGGCAAAUGCUCGAGGGUUCCAGGACGGUAACAUGGCUGGCAUGAUGAUUUCUUUGUCUGCCGUACGGCAGUGGCUAAAGAAUAAGGAACUCCGCGACAGGGUCACGGAAGAGUGCUUGUCUGGGAAGAAAUUUAUGUGCCUGGCCGUCACGGAAGCGUUUGCUGGAUCCGAUGUGGCGGGUAUCCGCACGACAGCGGAGAAAACUCCUGAUGGCAAGCACUAUAUAAUCAAUGGCACGAAGAAAUGGAUAACCAACGGCAUGUGGGCGGAUUACUUCGUUACAGCUUGCAGGACUGACAAGGGAUACUCCGUCAUCCUCAUCCCCCGCGACAAUAACGUUGAGACCAAGCGGAUCAAAACCUCCUACUCCACCGCUGCAGCUACGGCCUUUAUCCAAUUCGACAACGUCAAGGUCCCCGUCGAAAAUUUGCUCGGCGAAGAACACAAGGGCUUCAUCGUGAUCAUGAGCAAUUUCAAUCACGAGCGCUGGGCGAUGACCUGCGGCGUCACCCGCUGGUGCCGCACCGUCGUUGAAGAGUGUCUCAAGUGGGCGAACCAGAGAAUCAUCUUCGGCAAACCCCUUAUCAACCAGCCCGUCAUCCGACAGAAACUGGCCAAGAUGAUCUCUCUUGUCGAGGCGUCGCAGUCCUGGCUGGAAACCAUCACGUAUCAAAUGUGCAACAUGAGCUAUAGAGAGCGAUCGAGGCACCUUGGUGGUCCCAUUGGACUUCUCAAGUCGUAUUCGACGCGCUGCGCGCAUGAGAUUGCGGACGAUGCCGUCAACAUCUUUGGUGGCCGGGGCAUAACGCAGACCGGAAUGGGCAGAGUUGUGGAGCAGUUCCACCGUACUUACAAGUUCGAUGCGAUUCUUGGUGGUGCGGAGGAGGUUUUGGCAGAUUUAGGCAUUAGACAGGCUAUGAAGCAAAUGCCCAAGGCGAUGCUGUAAAAUUGGCUGCCCUUCCUUGGAGGGAUAUUGUGCGGAAUAUAACAGUUGAAGCAUCUAGAUUCGUUAGUAGAUCAUGUAUAAGUAAUCACUAAAUACAGUAGUUAACACAGUUUUGGCAUUUCUGUGGGUUUUACAUUUUUUACGUAUUCACAGAUAGAGCACAGUUUAUCAAGAAG